AUGUCCGAGUCCAUCAAAGGUCCCGCUCCUCCAUCCACCAAGCUCGACGGCUCACCGCUGCGCAUCGCGAUCGUUCACUCGCGAUGGAAUGAGACCGUCAUCGACGCCCUCGUCGCGGGCACCAUCGCUAAGCUCAAGGCGACCGGAGUGAAGGACAGUAACAUCCUCGUGCAGUCCGUUCCAGGGAGCUUCGAGUUGCCGCUGGCUUGUCAGAAGGUCAUCUCUGGUUCUCAUGUCCAGGCCGGUGCGACGGCGACCGACCUUCUUGGAGGAUUGACCUCGUUCACCUCCCCCAACCCCACCUCACGGUCCGGCACGCCUGCCCCCGUGUCCGCUUCAAUGCCGCACCAGCCGUUCGAUGCAGUCAUCGCGAUUGGCGUUCUCAUCAAGGGCUCCACGAUGCACUUCGAGUACAUCUGCGAGUCCGUCUCGCACGCGCUCAUGCGCGUCCAGCUUGACACUGGCGUACCCGUCAUUUUCGGUGUGCUUACCGCACUCACGGAUGACCAGGCUCUGGAGCGUGCGGGUAUUGGUCGUGGACAUAACAAGGGACACAAUCACGGAGAGGACUGGGCUGCAGCCGCGGUAGAGAUGGCGUCCCACACGAGACGCUGGGCAGAAGGCAAGUUCUAG